AAUUCUGUACCACAAUUUCAUUAAUGUGAAACCUACUUUCCGACAAGGAAGUUGACUCAGUCCGUCUACACCUUUUGUCUGCUCCGGCGUCGGCGAUACUUCUUUGAACUCUCCAUUUUUUUUUUCUCUAAUUUCCAUUUUCUAGUCCCAAACAUAAACCAUGAAAUCAGGCUAAUGGAGAAAAAAUCCAUGGAGAAUUCCCCCUUCUUCCUUCUCCUCUUCAUCUCCUUGCUUUUCCUCAACAUCUCCGGCCAAACAGACACCAUAACAUCCACCCAAUCCAUCAGAGACGGCGACACCAUUGUCUCCUCGGACGGAACCUUCGAGCUAGGAUUCUUCACUCCGGCCAACUCCCAGAACCGAUACGUGGGAAUCUGGUACAAAGUCACCGACGGAACUCCGGUGUGGGUUGCCAAUAGAGAAGCGCCAUUGAAGAACAAGUCAGGGGUAUUGAAGAUCACUCAACCCGCCGGAGUUCUUGCCCUCCUCGACGCUUCUAACCAAACCAUAUGGUCCACCAACUCCUCCGGCCCGGCCCCGAAAAACCCGGUCGCGCAAUUGCUGGGAACAGGGAAUCUUGUCGUCCGAGAAGCGGAUGAUGACAGCCCGGAGAAUUUCAUCUGGCAGAGCUUCGAUUACCCGAGUAAUACGUUGCUGGCCGGGAUGAAGCUCGGGAAAAACUUGGUCACCGGCCUGGAAAUGUUCCUUUCGUCGUGGAAAACCCCCGACGAUCCUUCCCCGGGGGAGUAUACAUAUCACUGUGACAUCACAGGGUACCCGCAGGACCUCCUGAGAAAAGGGUCAAAAGUGGUUUACAGAGCCGGGCCGUGGAACGGCCUCCAUUGGAGCGGCGCACCGAACAUGGUAAACAACACCAUGACAACGUUCGGGCUGGUUAUGAACCCGGACGAGGUUUACUACAGAUACGAUCUGGUGAACAAAUCGGUCAUUUCAACUUUGGUCGUGAAUUCCGACGGCGACACAGGUCGGAAAACAUGGGUGGACAAGAUUCACGCUUGGACUAAUUACCACUCCACCAAAGCAGACGAUUGCGAUACCUACGGAAUCUGCGGCCCUUAUGGUACCUGCAAUAUUCUUGACGCUCCGGUUUGUCAGUGUUUCGGGAAAUUUGUGCCGAAACAUCAAGGCGAUUGGGACAGCGCGGAUUGGUCGGCGGGUUGUGUCCGAGAGGUGGGUCUGAAUUGCAGCAGCGAUGGGUUUAUCAAGUACAGUGGUGUCAAACUGCCCGACACGAAUGUUUCCUGGUACAAUCGAACCAUGUCGUUGGAGGAAUGUAAGGAUGUUUGCAAGAGAAACUGUUCGUGUAUGGCUUACACGAGUUUGGACGUUAGGAAUGGAGGAAGUGGGUGUUUGCUCUGGAUUGGAGACCUGGUCGACACCAGACAACUUUCUGAAAAUGGACAAGAUAUCUACGUUAGAAUGGCCUAUUCCGCCUUAGCUUCUGCCCAACAAUCCCCUAGACAUCUGAUACUGGAAUUGAACCUUCAAGCCUCUGCCCGGCAAUCCCUAGGCACCUGGUGCUGGAUUUGGUCCAUCGGGCCUCGAGCCACUAGAGUACAAGUAUUUGGAGUUUUUAUAGUCCUGGGAUUAGGCACAGUGCUUUAUUUCAGGAAAAGGAAGGAGGAGGAUCUCCCAGAGCACACAAAUAAUGUUAUUCCUGUCCACAACAACAAGAGGGAUCCCAGUGGUCCGACGACAAACACUGAUGAUCUCGAGCUGCCUCAAUUCGAGCUGUUUAGAAUAACUCAAGCUACAGACAGUUUUUCAUUGAACAACAAGAUAGGAGAGGGCGGGUUUGGACCUGUUUAUAAGGGGGUGCUCGAAGGGGGGCAAGAAAUAGCAGUGAAGCGACUCUCGGAAACAUCAAAACAAGGGCUCGGUGAGUUCAAGAAUGAAGUGAUCUGCAUUGCGAAAUUGCAACACCGAAAUCUUGUGAAGUUGUUGGGAUGCUGCAUUCAAGGACAAGAAGCAAUGCUGGUGUAUGAAUACAUGCCUAAUAAGAGCCUGGAUUUAUACAUUUUUGAUGAAGAGCGGAGUGGAUUGCUCGAUUGGCCAAAACGCUUCAAUAUUAUCAAUGGGAUUGCUCGGGGACUUAUGUAUCUUCAUCAAGACUCCAGGUUGAGAAUCAUCCAUAGAGACUUGAAAGCCAGCAACGUUUUGCUUGACAUUGACAUGAACCCAAAGAUAUCAGAUUUUGGAAUGGCUAGAAGUUUUGGAGGGGAUGAGACUGGAGCCAACACUCGUCGGGUAGUUGGAACAUACGGAUAUAUGUCACCAGAGUAUGCAGUUGACGGGAUAUUCUCAGUAAAGUCAGACGUGUUCAGUUUCGGUGUCUUGGUAUUAGAGAUCAUAAGUGGAAAAAAGAACAGGAAAUUCGUUCAUCCCGACCAUCACCUAAACCUCCUUGGACAUGCAUGGAUACUCCAUAAAGAAAACAGGUCACUGGAACUGGUGGAUCCAAAGCUCGUGGAUUCAUGCCAUCUAGGAGAAGUGAUUAGAUCGAUCCACGUAGGAUUGUUGUGUGUGCAACAAUCUCCAGAAGAUAGACCGAACAUGUCUUCUGUGGUGUGGAUGUUGAGCAAUGAAGGUGUUCUUCCAGAAGUGAAGCAGCCUGGAUUUUUUACAGAGAGAAGUGUGGUUAUUUCUGGUAAUCAAUCCAGUUGGAGCACACACACACCAAGUACUGUAAAUGACAUGACCAUUACAUUGUUAGAUGCUAGAUAGAACAUAUGUAUGUGUUCUGUUCUGCAUGUUAUGAACCAGUAUCUCGAGUUUUGUACGUAUUCUUUCGGGUCUAGCGCCCCAGACAAUAAUAUUACUACUUUUUUA